AUGGGCGGCCAGCUGUUUCUGCUCAACUGGAAGACGGGCCAGCGCGCCGCUCUGCUGAAGGAGGGCAGGCCCGUGACCUACUGCCACUUCACGGACGACGGCCGCCUCGUGUUCCGGGUCGCCGGGCGCGGUGACCUCGGCGAGCAGGACGCCUGCUACGUCGUCGGCAAGGACGUCUACGGCACGUGGCGCAACGGCUGCGUGCGAUUGGACCGCCUGCGCGCCGUGGACGAGCUCGAGGGCCGGCACAAGACCGGCAACCACAACCACCACAGCCACGCCGACGGCGACGAUGGCGACCACCCGACGUUUAGCCGGAAGCGGGCCAAGGAGGAGAGCGACGAGAUGAUGGUCACCUACUGCUUCGUCGAGGAAGACAUCGUGGCCAGCCCCGCACCAACGCCCGCGGCCGGUCGUAGUGGCAGCAGUAGCGACCAGGCGGCCGGGGCUGCACCAACGAAUAAGCCGGCGUGCAAGCCGACCCUGUUCCAGGGCGAGGUGGCGAAGGAGACCAAGUGGGAGCGCAAGCUGCGGCGGAUCGCCGAAGCGCAGGGCAAGCACUACGAGACCAGCAAGACCGUGUGGGGUGUCGACUUCCACGACGACGACACCCUGGCCGUCACCAAGUGGGACAAGUCGCUGGAGGUGUGGUCGCGACGGCCGGAGAAGAACAAGGACUGGAGCAAGAAGAUGAACAUCUACAGCCACUACGACAGCGGACUCCAGAUCCAGUCACUCAAGGACACCACCGGCGAGGACGCAGUGAUCGUCACCGAGGGCCUCGACCACACCCGCUGGCGCAUCGUCAAGAUUUUGAUUCCGAGCGGCCGAACGGCGUGGGCGCGACACUUUGACUUGGGCGUGAACUACACCGCGCGGAUGAAUCGCACCGGACACACGCUGGUCGAAUGCAGCGAGCUUCCUCCGGAGAACGCCCGACUCAUCGCCCCCGACGGCAAGAUGACCACCACCUCGAUCAUGAGUCCGCUGUUGCACGGCGUGACCCUCUACAAUUUCUGCCAGAAGCAAACCGACGAAUUCUUUUACUGUUCCAAGGAAGAGGGCCAGCCCAUCAUGCUGUGCCAGUUCAACCCCGUCAAGAACACCUACACCAAGCUGUUCCCGCUCUCGGCGUUCGGUCCCAACGUGGAGCGACUGCGCAACGGCGUCUACGUGCGAGAUGCUCUGGGAGAGGGGCUGAUCGUGGACGUUACGACACGAUUCAAGACUAUCAACAUUGUGCGAAUUGAUCUCAACACGCACAAGAAGUCCCGGUGA